AUGGACCCCUACAUGCAGUGGCCUCACCUGGCUGGACUUCGACCAUUGCCUCAAAGACUGGACUGUAACAGCCUGCCCGUGCCCACCACCAACACUACCCAGGAAACAGACGACAGAACCCCCAUCCCCUCCCUCCCGUGGGCCCUGGCCCCACUUCCUCUCUCUGACGAAGAGUCUGGACCGAAGGCUCUGCUGACGUGGGAAGGGGAGGAGAGUCUGGAGGAAGGGGAGGGGAAAGCAGCGCAGAGAUCGCAGAGACCGAGGAGGCGCCCGCGGCUGCAGAGCUGCAGAGCGGGGUCUCUACGGGCUCUCCGAGUCCGGCACCCAGCGCGCAACUGGGCCAGAGAACCGCGCAUCCUUUUGGCGCGGGCCGGCAGGCCCCCUGCGGUCGGCAAGCUGGCUCCCCGGGUGGCCACGGGGACCCCCGAGCCCAAUGGCGGGGGCGGCAGCAAAAUCGACAGCACUGUAGAGAUCACCCCCAGCACCAACGGACAGGUCGGGACUCUCGGAGAUGCGGUGCCCACGGAGCAGCUGCAGGGUGAGCGGGAGCGCGAGCGGGAGGGGGAGGGCGACGCAGGCGGCGACGGACUGGGCAGCAGCCUGUCGCUGGCCGUGCCCCCAGGCCCCCUCAGCUUUGAGGCGCUGCUCGCCCAGGUGGGGGCGCUGGGCGGCGGCCAGCAGCUACAGCUCGGCCUCUGCUGCCUGCCCGUGCUCUUCGUGGCGCUGGGUUUGGCCUCCGACCCCAUCUUCACGCUGGCGCCCCCACUGCAUUGCCACUACGGGGGCUUCCCUCCCAAUGCCUCCGGCUGGGAGCAGCCCCCAAAUGCCAGCGGCGUCAGCGUCGCCAGCGCGGCCCUAGCAGCCAGCGCCGCCAGCCGUGUCGCCACCAGUACAGACCCCUCGUGCAGUGGCUUCGCCCCGCCGGACUUCAACCAUUGCCUCAAGGACUGGGACUAUAAUGGCCUGCCCGUGCUCACCACCAACGCCAUUGGCCAGUGGGAUCUGGUGUGUGACCUGGGCUGGCAGGUGAUCCUGGAGCAGAUCCUCUUCAUCUUGGGCUUUGCCUCCGGCUACCUGUUCCUGGGUUACCCCGCAGACAGGUUUGGCCGGCGAGGGAUUGUGCUGCUGACUUUGGGGCUGGUAGGCCCCUGCGGAGUCGGGGGCGCUGCUGCAGGCUCCUCCACAGGCGUCAUGGCCCUCCGAUUCCUCCUGGGCUUUCUGCUCGCCGGCGUUGACCUGGGUGUCUACCUGAUGCGCCUGGAGCUGUGUGACCCAACCCAGAGGCUUCGGGUGGCCCUGGCAGGGGAGUUGGUGGGGGUGGGGGGACACUUCCUGUUCCUGGGCCUGGCCCUUGUCUCUAAGGACUGGCGAUUUCUGCAGCGAAUGAUCACUGCUCCCUGCAUCCUCUUCCUGUUUUACGGCUGGCCUGGUCUGUUUCUGGAGUCCGCUCGGUGGCUAAUCGUGAAGCGGCAGAUCGAGGAGGCUCAGUCUGUGCUGAGGAUCCUGGCUGAGCGAAACCGCCCCCACGGACAGAUGCUGGGGGAGGAGGCCCAGGAGGCUCUGCAGGACCUGGAGAACACCUGCCCUCUCCCUGCAACAACCUCCUUUUCCUUCGCUUCCCUCCUCAACUACCGCAACAUCUGGAAAAAUCUGCUUAUCCUGGGCUUCACCAACUUCAUUGCCCACGCCAUUCGCCACUGCUACCAGCCUGUGGGAGGAGCAGGGAGCCCAUCGGACUUCUACCUGUGUUCCCUGCUAGCCAGCGGCACAGCAGCCCUGGCCUGCGUCUUCCUGGGGAUCACCGUGGACCGAUUUGGCCGCCGGGGCAUCCUUCUUCUCUCGAUGACCCUCACUAGCAUUGCGUCCCUGGUCCUGCUGGGCCUGUGGGAUUAUUUGAACGAGGCUGCCAUCACCACUUUCUCUGUCCUUGGGCUCUUCUCCUCCCAAGCUGCUGCCAUCCUCAGCACCCUCCUUGCUGCUGAAGUUAUCCCUACCACUGUCCGGGGCCGUGGCCUGGGCCUGAUUAUGGCGCUGGGGGCACUUGGGGGGCUGAGUGGCCCAGCCCAGCGCCUCCACAUGGGCCACGGAGCCUUCCUGCAACAAGUGGUGCUGGCGGCCUGUGCCCUCCUCUGCAUUCUCAGCAUUAUGCUUCUGCCGGAGACCAAGCGCAAGCUCCUGCCCGAGGUGCUCCGGGAUGGGGAGCUGUGUCGCCGGCCUUCCCUGCUGCAGCAGCCACCCCCUAACCGCUGUGACCACGUCCCACUGCUUGCCACCCCCAACCCUGCCCUCUGAGUGGCCUCUGAGCACCCUGGCGGGAGGCUGGCCCACACAGAAAGCUAGCUAGGGCCCUGGCAAGGAGAUUGGGAAGGCUGAGUGAGGAAGGCAGGGCUGCCCAGAAGGCUCAGAGGCACCUCACGCCAGCCGAGGAGAGCUCAGAGGGCUGUCCCCACCCCCAUCUCCUCCCUGCUGCUUCGUGUUCACUUCCUUGGCAAGAGUCAGGGGACAGCGAGAGAGCUCCACACUGUAACCACUGGGUCUGGGCUCCAUCCUGUGCUCAAAGACAUCCACCCAGACCUCUUUCUUUCUUGCUCUAUCAUUCUGUUUCAAUAAAGACAUUUUGAAUAAAUGAGCAUA